CUCUCACCCUCCCACUUCCGCUCUCAAUCGCUCUCAACCGGCGGUGGCGACGACGAAUACGACGACGAGAUCCAGUUUCACCUGCAAGCCGUAAUUUCACCUCCGGCGACGACGACGAUCAUCGAAAAUGGUGAUUUAAGACCUCGCAAAGCAGGACCUCUUGAACCGGUGUUUUAUAAUGGGGGGAGCUACCAUGGAUUGCACCACAAUAGAUGUUGCAGCUGUAGAACGAAAAGGAUUGAGCAGGCCGGGUUCGUCAAAGACCCUCCCUCGGAUCGCACAAAUAAAACUCGUAAGCCAACACCCAGAGGUUUAUGAACCGUGUGAUGACUCAUUCGCUCUAGUCGACGCUCUCUUAGCAGAUCGAGCCAACCUCUUACUCCAUCAACCAACCCUCUGCCUCGAGAUUGGCUCUGGCAGCGGCUAUGUCAUCACUUCCCUCGCCAUCAUGCUCGGAUCAGAAACCCCAACCGCACACUUUUUCGCUACUGACAUCAAUCCCCAUGCAGUUGAAACCACUCGUAAGACCCUAGAAGCUCACGGGGUGCACGCUGAGAUUAUAGUCUCCGACAUAGCAUCUGGGCUUCAGAAAAGACUUAAAGGCAUGAUGGAUGUGGUCGUGGUUAAUCCGCCAUAUGUACCGACGCCAGAGGAGGAGGUUGGUCAAGAAGGGAUAACAGCUUCUUGGGCAGGAGGAGAGAAUGGGAGAAGAGUGAUUGAUAGAAUACUUCCCAUUGCUGAUGAAUUGUUAUCAGAGAAGGGGUGGCUUUAUAUGGUUACGCUAACGGAGAAUAAUCCUUCGGAGAUUUGUCAGUUGAUGAGGGAAAAGGGGUAUGGUUCGAGGAUAAUAGUGCAGAGGUCAACAGAGGAGGAGAGACUUCAUGUUAUUAAGUUUUGGAGGGAAAAGGGUGAUGAAGGGAAGGAAGGGAGUAAAUUUGGUGGUUCUGGUGUUGGCUCUUGGCUUUCUCAGUUGCCUCUGUUGUCUUUUCUGAGGAAUAAUGGGAGCAGUAACUGAAUUGGUUUGAGAUUAGUUUGAAGUUCAAAAGGAAUAGGUGAAAAUUUAUUCUAAUGUUAAGUCCACCUUGUUGAAUGAUAAGCAGAUGUAAUUUAAGUUAGUCAUGCUUUUGAGGAUGUUGUUGGUGUAUAGCUCUAUGCCUCUGAUUAAAAAAAAAUCUAUAUAUUUUGUACAGAGAGUUCACUCGAAAUAUAAUUGUGCUUCAUUGAUCUAUUCUA